AUGGAGGACGUGGGGCUCGACCGCAAGCUGGUUAUCAUUGGGCCCACGGAUGUGGGCAAGACAUCCAUCACUAUGCGUUACUGCCACAAUAGCUUCUCUACGCCCACAUCCGCCACUAUUGGAGCUUCGUUCCUACAGAAGCGCGUGAUCGUCGGAGACGACGUUGGCACCCGGAGGAAACUGACGCUGCAGAUCUGGGACACGGCCGGUCAGGAACGCUUUCGCUCUAUGGCGCCCAUGUAUUAUCGAAAUGCAAAGGCAGCUAUUUUGGUCUUUGAUUUACAGAGUGAAGCUAGUUUUGAGAAAAUCAAAGAGUGGCUGCAAGACCUGCAACAUCAUGUGGGUGACGAUAUCGUACUAGCAGUGGUGGGCAACAAGAGCGACGUUCCGUCCAAAUUUGACUUUUCCAAGGCCCAGCAGCUCGCCGACGAGAUCGGUGCUCUGGUGUUCCGCACGAGCGCCAAGACGGGUGAAGGAGUGCAGUCAUUGUUUGAGAGCCUAGCGGUGCAGCUGCUGAAGAAGCAUGACCAGGAGCAGCGGACACGAGGCCGCGAUGGGUCGAGAGCAGGAAGUACGGUAGGAUCGGGCUCGUACGGCUACGGAAGCCAAAGCUCCGUUAUUUUGAGUCAAGCAAACGCCUCAGGAAACAAGCCGUCCAAGGGCGGCUGCUGUUAG